AUGUUGUGGAACUGUGCAGCUUUUGUGUCCGCCGCCCUGCUUGUCUCUCAGGCACAGGCUGGGCAACCCGAACACGAUCCGGAAACGACAUGCGAGUCGGACACUGCCACCCACAGCAGUUAUGUGACGACGACAUACAAGACCAAGACUGACUACAGCACCACGACGCACCUGGUCGAGGUCACGGUGCCGUAUGCGGUCAACUCGACAGUCACGAGCAUCAAGACAAAGGUCGUCGAGUCGUACAUCACAGAGUGCAUCACGACGACUCUGUACUUUACCGACCUCGUCACCAACACCAAGACCGGCACUGCGUACGAGACCAACACCCUGACCGACAGCGUGACCGUGACAGACACAGACUCUGUGACCAUCACGGGCACUGCAUACGCGACAAUCACGGAGACGGACACCACGACCGCGACGGUGCCGACGACGACUUACACGACCGAGACCAUAUUCUCAACGACUUUCAACCCUUGCCCGACACAAUGCAGCGUAUCUGCCGAGACAGUGAACCUGUACUUCUGGCCGAGUGACCGGCCACACUCGUACCCCAGCACCUGGGUCGACGAGUCGCUCGACUACACCUUCACCUACCCAUCCGUGUACAUGCUUGUGCCCACGGCCGCGGGAGUCAACAACGCCUCGCAGCUGCUGGGCCCGCAGACGACCAACUGGAUCAUCCCGCUCGACCUAACCGAGGUGUCGACGAUUGUGGGCUCCACGGCGACGGUGCAGCUCGAGCUGAGCGACCUCAGCACCGACUGCCCCAAGUCGGUCGCGCCCUCGGCCAUUGCCACCAUGGCGCCCGACCCGCACUGCAACCCCAUCCUCGCCGCCCCCAGCGAGGUCAGCUCCUGGGCAUACCCGUGCAACGCGUGCGGGCAGUUCGGCCUGUUCGACCCGCCCUACGCCGCGCCCACGCUUACAGGGCCACUGGUCGAGCCGACGGCUACCACGACGACGUCCGAGGUUGUGAUCGUCCCGACCGAGACGACCGAAGUGUCCUCGUCGACGCUGGACGUCCCGCCCGUGCCGCUGCCGAUGGUGACAGAGGCGUCGACGAUCCCACUGCCCUCGUUCACGGAUAUCCCACCUGCCCCGAUGCCUACUGUCUCCAGCAUCCCGCCUGUCCCAAUGCCUACGGUCUCGAGCAGCAUCCCUCCGGCUCCGAUGCCGACUGUCUCGAGCAUCCCCCCGAUCUCGCUGCCAUCGGUGACCGAGUCUACCACGCAGCCUAUUCCUACGGCUGGCGCGGCUAAUGUUGGGGUGGCGAUGGGGUCGCUAUUGUCGGUCUUUUUGAUUGCUCUGGCUUUGUAA